ACGCCAAAUCAUAUCAAUCGACAACCAGAUCUUCAUUAAUUCGCACCGGCUUUUCGAUCAAAAAUUUUUCUCUCGCAAUGUGAAAUUUAAUUGACAGAAAACAUAAACUCCGUCUGUGUGUAAGUAAGUGAGAUUCAGACUUGAUUCAGCUGUUUUUGUCUGUGUGUAUGUGUGUUUAGUGAGGAGAUUUUGCAUACUUUGACUGUGAUGAUUGUUAUCAAAUUCGUGUUAAAAAUGUUUGUUGUUGUUCAAUCCGUCAUUAUCAUUCGGUGUACGCGUACCGAUUUGUCGAGCAAUUAUUUGUGAUCGUCGCCGUUGUUGUCGUCGUCGUCAUUGUUGUCAUUGACAAUCCAGUGAAACUAUUGCAUAUCAAUAUAUUAUAUACAUGCGUUGAUUAACAUCGAAAUUUGUUCAGAUUUUGUUAUGAUUUUCAAUUAUCGUUUUACCAAAUUUAUAAAUAUUUAGUGGUUUGCUUGACACAAAUAGUGAAAGAAGUGACUAAAUAGCUCAGCACAUUCACUCGUUGAUUUUUGCACCAAAAUUUACCAUAAUUUACAUUCUUGCUAGUUGUAAGAAUGUGUUAAUUGUUAAGAUCAAGUGAUUAUUGUGACAGCAAUAAAACAAAAGAAACGAUUUUAUACCGAAUCAACAGUGUUAUAAUCGUAGAACUUCACCUCAAUUGAUGUAAUAAAAGGAUUCAUCACUUUAAUUCGAAUGCCAUUGUCAAUUGAACAGUGUGUAAACUACUUGCGGUUCUUUUCUUCUCAGACCUACUUUUCACUUGCUGUGUUCGAAUUUCGAUGAAAAACCAACAGUGUUACUUUGUGAAUUUUAACUGAACAACUAUGCAACUGUUGUCCACGUGAUGUCAUAAUGCGAUGCGGUGUGAUGGACUUUGAUCGACACAAUAUUUUGAGUAUUUACUGUCUAUCGAUGCAUGUGACCGGUUAAAACAAAUUCAAUUGGGAAAAAUACGCUUGGAAUAGAUAAAAUAAAGAUAGAGAAAAAAGAACAUUAUGAGAGUGAAGCACCUUCAAGCUAUAACUAUUUAGUUUGUACACAACAUCGACAGUUCUCUAUACGCUUGACGCUGGUUCGUGCUUAGUGAUCAGGUAUCCGGCGAUGUAAUAGCGCGAAAUAAAAAAAAAACACGAAGGGAGAGCGAAAUCCAUCCUCAUAUGUGAACAUACAUUGAAUUUUAAUAAGAGACAUGGAAAUGGAGAUAAAACUUCGAACCUAGUGAAUCUGCGUGCAAAUUGUAGCUACAACACAGAUUUCGAUUUGGCUCCAAAUUUUCACUUGUGUGAUAUACUAUGUGAAAUAAUAAUAAAGAAAAACUACGAAAAAAAGCAACGAAAAUUCGAGUGUGAUAAGUGGCUGUUGAAAAACCGAGUGACAAAAAAUCAUCCAUAAUUGCAUUUUUGUGAAGCACAAUUUCUGCGCAGUUAAAACGUAAAAUGAGCACUGCAAUUGCAAAAGAGUGAAACAAAAACAACAAAAAAGUGCUAAAAUAAAUGCAAGUCAUAAAACUAUAUAGCUGCAAAGUUCCUAUGUAUAUAGUUUUUAGUCGAGAUUUUUUUUUACAAUCGAAAUGUGAUCAAUUUUUUUUAAACGAAAAGAGUUCAUUUUAAACUGAAUUAGGUGUAAAGUGUUUUGUUUACAUAUUCAAAUUGUGAAAUAAUAGUAUAUAAGUGUUUUUAUUGUCGGAUAUAUAUAGCAAAUUAAAAAAAAAAAACGAUCAAAAUGUAUGCAAGAUCACCAAAAGCAAUGAUGGAUACGUUGCAAGUGCCAACAACAACGAGACCCAUUAAAAUUCAGCCGAUGGAUGCUUCACUUUCAAUGGUAUCCGAUGACGACGAUGAAGGUGGACUAGGUUAUCAAAAUACACUGAUGUAUGGUCGGUAUACGAAGGAUCUGGGUGAAUAUGCAAAAAAUGAAGCGAGAAAACUUAAAAUGCUUGAGCGUCGUCGAAAGAAGGAGGAUAAAGCCAGAAAUAGAGAAUUGUAUGGCAGACGUUCGAGUCGUUUUGUACGGCUUUUGCUCUAUCUCUGGAAAAAUUCAUUUGCAAGACUUGGCGAGGAUUGGGUGUAUUUGGCUUUAUUAGGAAUUAUUAUGGCAGUUUUAUCCUACAUUAUGGAUAAAGGCAUUUCAAUGUGCACAAAUGCCAGAAUCUGGUUAUACAGAGAUCUAACGUCGUCACAGCCAUACAUACAAUACUUUGCAUGGGUGUCACUGCCGGUGUGUUUGAUUCUCUUUUCGGCUGGAUUUGUGCAUCUCGUCGCACCGCAGAGUAUUGGUUCUGGUAUUCCCGAGAUGAAAACCAUCUUACGUGGAGUCACAUUAAAAGAGUAUCUAACAUUUAAAACGUUGGUAGCAAAAGUGAUUGGAUUAACAGCGACCCUUGGGAGUGGAAUGCCACUUGGAAAAGAAGGUCCAUUUGUGCAUAUAGCUAGUAUUGUUGCUCAACUUCUAUCCAAAAUGGUGACAUCGUUUCAAGCAAUCUAUGAAAAUGAGUCAAGACACUGUGAAAUGUUGGCCGCCGCAUGUGCGGUUGGAGUAGGUUCAUGCUUUGCAGCUCCAGUUGGAGGUGUACUGUUUAGCAUUGAAGUCACGACAACCUAUUUUGCUGUUCGUAAUUAUUGGCGAGGAUUUUUUGCUGCUGUGUGUGGUGCUACUGUGUUUCGUUUAUUGGCCGUUUGGUUUCAAAAGGCUGAAACUGUUACAGCUGUUUUUGCAACCGAUUUUGCCUCAGAAUUCCCAUUCGAUCCACAGGAACUGUUUGUGUUUGCAAUCAUUGGUUUUGUUUGCGGUUGCUUAGCAUCGUUUUAUGUUUGGGUCCAUCGGCAAUAUGUUAUGUUCAUGCGAUCGAACAAGAAAAUGAAUUUGUUUUUACAGAAAAAUCGAUUUUUGUAUCCUGGCAUUGUGGCGUUGAUUGUAUCGUCAUUUUCAUAUCCACUGGGAACGGGUCAAUUUAUUGCCGGUGAACUGAGCACACACGAACAAGUACAUCAAUUGUUUACGAAUUUCACAUGGACCGCAGAUGAAUUGACCGUCGAACAAGCAACUAUUGUAAAUUACUGGAGCACAGAAUACACAGAUAUAUUCUUUAAUCUGUCCACUUUUAUGCUAUUCACGUUUGUAUUCUCGAUUAUUGCGUCGACAAUUCCGGUGCCAAGUGGUAUGUUUAUACCAGUAUUUAAAAUUGGUGCAGCAUUUGGGCGAAUCGUUGGCGAAGCGUUACAUUUGUAUUUUCCGCUUGGAAUUCGAUAUGGUGGUCAUAUUUCGCAAAUUAUUCCAGGUGGAUAUGCUGUGGUGGGAGCUGCUGCAUUUUCGGGCGGUGUAACACAUACCGCGUCCGUUGGCAUUAUUGCGUUUGAAAUGACAGGUCAAAUAACUCACUUAGUACCCGUUAUGAUUGCUGUGCUCAUAGCAAAUGCAACAGCAGCUCUGUUACAACCAUCGAUUUACGACAGCAUCAUUCUGAUUAAGAAAUUACCAUAUCUACCCGAUUUGUUGCCAUCGGCAAGUGGAAUGUAUAAUAUAUUCGUCGAAGAUUUUAUGGUUCGCGAUGUGAAAUUCAUUUGGCAAACGAUAUCCUAUCAAGCGUUGAAAAAUGUUCUAAAACAAAACAAACACUUAAGAAGUCUGCCGUUGGUUGAUUCGCCCGAAAAUAUGAUAUUGUUGGGAUCAGUGCAGCGUCAUGAAUUAAUUAAAAUGAUUGACAAACACAUUGGUCGUGAAAAACGUUUGGACGUUGCAGCCAAAUGGCAGAAGGAGGCCGAAGAUCGAGCACGCGAAGAAUAUGAAAAGCGUCAAAAAGAAUACGAAGAAAGAAAUAAAAGCCGUCGAUCAUCGCGGUUUGAAGUCGUACCCGCUGCGGAUGUAUCAAGAUUACGUGAAAUUGCCAACAAUGAAAUGUUACCGCCACAAGCAAGAAAAGCCAAAGAAUCAUUGCACAAUCCAAAUCUUGGAUCAUUUCCACGAAAAUCGAUUUUGAAAAAGACAAAUUCAUUCAAUUUGAGAGGUUUUACACCGGUCUUAUCAUCAAGUCCAUCGCAUACACCAUACUCAACAAUAACUGCCGCAGAGAGUCGAUUACGGUCCGCAUUCGAUAUCAUUUUCAAAAAGUCAGCUACUUUACAAGAUGUUCACCCGGAUCAGGGAUCCACUGAAAUUAACAAAGACAUAACGGAACAACCACUGUCAGGUGUUUCAACACCAAAUAGUACACAUAUACCGUUGGAUGUCUCAUUCAGUCCAAAUGUAUCGAAAAAAGUUCAAUUGCCACGUGAACGUGUCAUCGAUAUGUCACCAGAAGAUCAAAAGCUGUGGGAAGCCGAAGAAAUGGCAAAACCAAUUGAUUUGGAAGGUGCCCAUGUCAAAAUUGAUCCAUCACCAUUCCAAUUAGUAGAGAAAACGUCAAUUUUAAAAGUACACAGUUUAUUCUCAAUGAUUGGCAUCAAUCAUGCGUAUGUAACGAAAAUCGGAAAACUUGUUGGAGUCGUUGCAUUGAAAGAGCUACGCAAAGCCAUCGAGGAUGUGAAUAGUGGUAAUUUAACAUCAACACAAACAAGCAAUACGGAAACGACUGAAAAACCACCAUUGCCGCAAGAGUGCCAGGUGCCACUUCUAACAAACGAAAAGGAAAAAAAUGAAACAUGUAAUAACCAAAAUACGGUGAAUUCGAUGGAUUCAGCUUUAUCAAACUCGGAUAAUUGUUCUGACGUCGAAUUGGGAAAUCCAGUCGAACAUAAAACUGAACCAAAGUAGAAUUUAUAAAUUAUUUUGCAAAUAAUCAAUUCAUCUCGACUAGAA